CCAGCUUCAUAAAAACAAGCGAAGAAGAAACGGGACAAACAUGGCAGCGUACAUGAGAAGCGUGAUGUUUGUCGUCUCUAUGGAGCGACACGCUCUCCUUUCGAGGAGAAACGGCUUUAUUGUUGAACCAAAGCGGUAUGUCCGCGGACUGAGGAGGAGGCCCGUUAGAGAGAUUUACCCUGACGACGAGAAACACAAAGUCAUCAAACCACCGCAGAAACCUGCAGCAGCUGAGCGAAAGGCCAAGGGGAAGAAGGAGACACAAGUCAGCCUGGAGAAAAGCAGACAACCUGAACAAGACAGAGAGUCAAAUGAUCGGAUAGAUGAACUGCGAUUUGAGAGGGCUUUACCCGGAGACAAGAGACUGGCGUAAGUGUUCAGGGAAGGUGGAAGGUCACAGGUCACCACACUGUCACUCAAAAGGGACUGAUCAUGACGAUUUGUAUUAUUUAUAAGGCUUAGAUUAGAUUGGAUGUUUCAGACACUUAAAAGACUACAGGAAAUUUUGUUCAUCUUCAUCAUAGCAGAGAAAUCUUUUAAAUCAGUAGGGGAGACUGGGGUAAGUUGAGCCACCCCCUGUUGUUUGGAAAUGGUAAAAGAAAUUGAUCAUGUGACCAAAUAUUUAGGGGAUGGGCAUCAACUCAUGGAGUCUGUGAAGGUUAGAAGUGGGGAUGGGAAUUGAGAACUGUUUCUUGUUGAGAAUCAGUUCCAAAUGGUUCAAUCCAUCGACAUUGUUUACAUUUUAUCUCAAUUCCCUUAAUGAUUCCUUUCUUCCGGUCGUCAGCCGCUGCUGCUCCGUCUCAGCAACAGCAUGGAAGGUACGUGUGUCCUGUGUUAAGGUCCUUACACACCGGGACUGUUUUUGUCGUGCGAUUAUUUCGGACGUCAGUAUUUCUUUCGAACCCGUAUCCUGUCAAUACAAGCGUUCACAUCAGCAACGUUUUCCCUUUCUGCGAUAUAGCGGCAUUUAUUUUUUUCGGAUCACGGUUGAUUUUUCUAAAGUUUCGCAUACUGUGUGUCCACUUCUGACCAAUCAGAUUGCGUGUUGUUGCAACGAUAGAUUCACCAGUAUAUCCAACAUAUCCGACCGGCCGAUUGUUUAUGUGUCGGAGAACAGAGUGCUUUUUGAUAAAAGACACAACUAUUACAAAGAUAACGACCUGAAGGACAACUUGUGGAGAGUCAUAGCGUCCGAUCUCUCUUAUGACGAUGUUUUGUGAGCUUUAACAGUUUGCUAAACAUCUUUGUCUUAGCUUUUAUCUGUGCUAACGUAAGUGGUUGUUGCCAUAGUUUCAUGCGCUUAUCUGGCACUGGCCCCGACUCAGUACAUGCUAUCAUGACAGAAAGCCAUCUCAACACUAGUGUCUAAUCAAAACUGAAAACAUUCAGCGACCGUGGUCAAGUUUCAGCUCCUGAACCAAGCAGUGAAACUCACCAAGUUCUGUUCUUUUUUGUAAUAUUGGAUGCACACAUGUGCUAUGUUUCUUUUUCUUUUGAGAGAGCAAAAGGAGUACCAAUUCGCCAUCACUUGAAGUUGAAUUAGACUCCAUUUUUGUCCUCUCGCUUCCACCCGGGACGCUGGUUGUUAAGGGAAUUGUCCACAUAAAUGAUCUGAAUCUUUACAUAGCAAAACAAAGUUAUUGCUCUUAGUUUCCAUCUUUAACCUUUGUGGGGGCUUUUAAACUUAUGUUUUGAUGUAGAUCAUGAUGCUACCACAGUUUUGAGUCCGUCUCUGCCUCACUAUUUCCUCGUCAUCUGUCCUGCAGGAGGGUAGCUAGUGUUGCUCGUUCCAGGAAGUUUCGGGAGAACCAGGGAAAAAUCCUCCUGGAGGGCCGGCGUUUGAUCUGUGACGCCCUGGAUGCUGGUGCCAACCCACAGAUGGUGUUCUUCAGUACAGUCGAUCGGCUCAGAGAGCUUCCAGUCGAAAAGCUGAAGAAAGCCACCCUGGUCAAAGUCAAGUUUGAGGACAUCAAGAUCUGGUCAGACCUCGUGACCCCACAAGGCGUGAUUGGUGAGAGCUACAUGUGUUUUGUUUUCGUUCAUUGUAAAGCACUGAUACUCUAGGUUAAGUCUGACAUAGACAUUUUUUUCUCCUGCAGCUAUAUUUUCUCGUCCAGACCCAACACGGUUGAACUUUGCAAAUAAAAGCCACUCUGUGCCGCUGUCUUUGAUAUGUGAUAACAUCCGAGACCCCGGCAACCUUGGGACUAUCCUGCGAUGCGCUGCUGCUGCUGGCUGUGACAAUGCUCUGCUCACCAAGGGUAAGCUUGUGUUAUCAGUUAAAGAAGUGAAUAAUUUAGCUUGACCAAUAAAAAUGUCUUAUCUUCUUGCUUGUGCUCUCUCAAAUCUAAAACUGUUCCAUUGGUAGGUUGUGUUGAUGCCUGGGAGCCUAAAGUUCUUCGUGCAGCAAUGGGCGCCCAUUUCCGCCUUCCCAUCUUUCCCAACCUGAGCUGGGAAGAUGUUGAAAACCACCUCCCCAAACCUGUGACAGUCCAUGUAGCGGAUAACAGUUGUGGCACGAGAGGAGAACCAAAAUCUGUACUAGAGGUGCCUCACAAGCCCUCCAAAGCAGGAGACCAUGGCUGGGUUAGCACAAAGGCCAGUCAAAAGCAAAUGCACUAUGAGGAAUAUGACUCUGAUUCGGACUCUGAUUCGGACUCAGAUUCUGAUUACGAGGGAUUGUCAUUACCCAAAGUGGAUGCGCAAUUGUACCAUGAGAGCUGGGCUCAGAAACCCACGGCUUUGGUGAUCGGUGGAGAGACACAGGGUCUGAGUAUUGAAGCAGUCCAGCUGGCUGAGAAAACAGACGGUCACAGGCUCUUUAUCCCUAUCGUUCCUAAUGUGGACAGUUUGAAUUCAGCCAUGGCAGCCAGCAUUCUUUUGUUUGAGGGCAGGAAGCAGCUUUUGAAGAUUAUGCAGAUGGCUGGAAGGAAGAGGGGAUCCAAAGCUGAGCAGCAGAUUUCAUGAUGUUAGCUCCAGAUGUCUGUGUGUGACCUCUUGUAUUUGUUUGUCCUUGAUAGUACAGACUCCAAAGACUAAUAAAAAUGUCCAUUCUACAUCCUGCGUACAACUGACAAUAAAGCACUGCAGCAAUAAAAAUGUUUGUCUAGUUAAUUCCA